AUGCACCAGCCAGGCACCCCUAGUACCCCGAGCCGCCGCCUUCCCAACUCCUCCUCUCCUGCCCACGAUGGCGCUGCCUACCAGACGGCCUUGAGGGGCGCCUCUCUCGCCUUCCAGCGGACGGGCCCGUCUCCCAAGUCCAGCACCACCGUCCUGCGGAACAAUGGCGCCCUGAUCGCCGCUGCCUCGGCCUCACGCGACCACAGCCUCUCGCGCUCGCCCUCCCGCGCACAGAACGCCUCGAGGGCCAUCAGCCGCCAGACGACCGGCGGCAGCGUGCAGGAUGGCAGCUACGGCCACGACGUGCAUCACGGGACUGUCAGCCAGCGACUGGCCCAGCUGCACCACGCCCAGCCGCCCCCGACCGUUCAGAGCCUCCAGGGCCAGAACGCCGCAUUCCUCAAGCCGCCCGGCAAGUCCAACAUGGCCGCCGACCCUCGCUCCUCGCCCUCGUUCAUCGCUGCCACCCUCGCCGCCAGCAGGUCGGCCAGUCCCAGCCCGAGCCAGCUACCGCAGGUCCACCCGUACGCCCAGCACGCGGCCACGCGGAUCAGGCGGAAGAACAGCGUGGGAGCGCAGAGCGCGGCUAGCUCGGUUGCGAGCCUGGAUCUGACGGAUACGACGUCGAUACCGCCGGCGAACUCCCUCAUCUCCAUGUUCGAGAAGAAGGGCGAUGGGGUCGACACGGACCCGAUUAAGAGAGGACCCAAGUUACGCCCGGUUACACCACAGAGACCUGCGUCCCCCGCCAAGCAGCCGGAUUUAUCGCCAUCACGGCUUGGGGGCGGUGUGGCGUGGGAGGGAGCAGCCUCCCCACCGAGUUCUUCUAUUGAGGUUAGACACCAUACCUCAGGGCGAUCAGCUGUGACAGCUAUAGAAUCAAAGAGGCGGCUUCCCACGCCGCCGGUCCCGAGAGCCUCGCGGCCGGAGCUCGAGAAGCGAGAGUCCACCCAGGCUGUAGCGAAGAGCAAGCCGCGAGCUGUCACCCCGCCACGGCCUAUUAGCAGGGCCAAUACUGUCAUCCUGUCACCGCAGCCUAGAAGAGCGGCGUCUCAUAAGAUGGUACGUCCAGAGGCGCCGCCGGGCAAGGGGCCCAAGGUCACUUCAAAGAAGCCGCCUCCACCGGCUGUGAAGCCAAAGCCACGCCCUCAGUCUAUCCAUAGCAUCUCUCCUAUCACACUCAGGAGCGAACCGAGGUCUCCGGUGAUGCCGCUGCGCAAGGUUUCGACGGCGUCCUCCAACGACACCUUCGUCUCGGCGUCUUCAGCCCAGUCGCCUGAGCCCGGGUCGCCCGAGCGAGGCCGCUCGCGUGCCCCAAUACACGAGCUGCGGCGCCAGGCCCGUCCCGCCUCGGCCCAGAGCCUGCCCAUCGACAUCGUGCCCAAGCGGCGGAACCCGGUCCCGCCGCCUCCCCGACGCAGCCAGGCGUCCUCGUCGAACCUGGCCCUCAGCUCCCUGACGGACGCGACCAUGGCCGGGAUCCUCGCGUCGUCGCGCGCCACCCCGACCUCCCUGCCGGCCAGCUCCCCGCCCCCGCUGCUCCCCUCGCGCAAGCACAACCCCCCGUUCCACAUGCGGCAGACGCUGCGCCAGCCCACCACCAAGUCCGACGACGAGGAGACGCGCCGCAACAAGUCGCGCCACCGCAAGAAGCCGCUGCAGAAGUCCAAGCACUCGCACCACGAGGGGGCGCGCCGCCGCUGGCGCGAGGAGAUCACGCCCCGCGAGCGCAAGCGGUACGAGGGCGUGUGGGCCAGCAACCGCGGCCUGCUCGUCGCCCUGUCGUCGCCCGAGUCCAGCUCGAGCAGCUCGCGCAACGGCACGCCGGCGAACAACAGCAGCGGCAGCGGCAACGGCAACGGCAGCGGCAGCGGCAACAACUACGUCGCCAACGUCGUGGUGCGCGACGUCUGGUCGCGCAGCCGGCUGCCCUUUGACGAGCUGGCCGAGGUCUGGGACCUGGUCGACCUGCAGGGCCGCGGCGUGCUGGACAAGGCCGAGUUCGUCGUCGGCAUGUGGCUCAUCGACCAGCGGCUCCGCGGCCGCAAGAUCCCCCAGAAGGUCAUGGACAGCGUGUGGGCGAGCGCCAAGGGCCUCAGGGUCAUGGAGCCGCCCAAGGUGAAGGGCAGGGGGAGGAAGCACCAUUGA